AUGCCACACGUCGAGUCAAAAGCAGCAGAAGCAAACACAGAACCCGACCAAAAGCCUCAAACAAUUGCGAAUUCGCUGUGCAUCGCCGCCAUGUCCAACCACAAUUCUGAAAUUCAGCCGUUUGAGUUGCUACCCCCUACAGUCCUUCUCGUUGCUGGUCAGGUAUCCUCAUCAGCCACUAGCCCACAAAAUUCCGUGCGCCUACCCGUUGCAUCGGCAGAAAAGUCUGCGUACCUCAAUGCGCGCAUACAGCCACUUGCUGUUCGCGGCAACGAUGUCACCAUUGAGCUACCAGACGUCGAGCCUGCAGCACUCCGACUUUACGUAUGGUGGCUGCAGUAUGAGAACGCGCCUCUCCACUUACAUGAGGAGAACGGUCCUGUUGUACAGCCCCGCCAAACGCUUAUAUGGCGCGAAUGCCUUGAUCUGAUCCAAGCGCACCUCGUCGGCUCAAAGUUCGGGGAUGUAGACUUCCAGCGAUAUAUAUUGGGUCAGCUCGAUGCUUGGCUGGAUCCCCAGCAAAACCCGGACCCGGAGUUGUUGAAUUACCUCUGGGAGAAAGAUAGGGAUGUGGGCGACGAGUUGAUGUGCUUUGUUAUGGCGCGAAUGUUUCAGAUGGGGAUGGAGAAGGCUCGGAUGUUGGUGAGUUGGAUAAAGGGUUUGACUAAGGGCAAACGGAUGAUGAAUUUUAGCGAGGGGAUUAGGGAGUCUAGAGGAAGAGGACCGGCAACGAGCACACGGAAGACUUACCAGGGUCCAAAAUCGAGUUCGGAGAAGGUAGAAGAAGUUGUUCCCCUCGAACCAACAUCGCGAGACAGGACGCCGCCGGAAUUGUACAGGAAAAGCAGGGCGGAGGUUCCAACUUUUGGUGGCGCUACGCAGGAAGACUGCGAAUGCGCAGUCCCUGCCCCAUCACAGCGGAAGCCGUCCAGUAGGAGAAGCCUCUCUUCCCCGAGCUCCGGCAUUUUUACAGUCCCAGGACGCGAGCUGACACAGCGCGCAAGUACAUCGCAAGCCCAGUUAGAGAACUUACCUCAGGUUUUGAGGAUACAUCCGAAAACAGUCGCAAGCACCAAUAACACCAGCAUCCAUGCUGAGAUGGAGAGACAGCGCAUAUUCAGCCCCCAGCUUCCUCCGCCACCAAGUCUGCACCCAUCAAUCCACAGGGCGAUGCAUUCCACCCCAACGCCAGCACGAUCUCAAAACUCUCUGCGGACGCCGCAGGAAAAGGACCACGAGAUGAGAGGAGGUGUACACAGUACCUCUCCAGCCGGCAAUACCGCGACGAUGCCAGACGCUGCCCUCUCUCUCCUAGACUUCUGGGUCGAUCCUCCAGCGAACCCUGCUCUACAGUACACACCUCCGGACCGCUACAUUCCUACAUUUAAGCCUCCUCCGACUCCUCCGAAAGUUCAGCCUGCAUGGCCGCAAAGCACGGUUCCCCUCACUCUAACAACAAAGCAAGUCCUCCACUCCUUCAGCGUGACCCGCACACCCACACCCCGUCGUCGGGCCACGCGCUCCUGGAGCGUGGUCAGUAUCCAUCCAUCGUCGCACUACCUCGCAUACUCUCCCCCUCCUCAUAGCAAAAUUGGUAUCGAUAGGCCAGCAAGGGGCAUCAUUGGUAGGAAACCUGUGCCGGAGGGUGGAUUGAACUUCUUGAGGGGAUUCCAAGAUGGGGAGUGGUUGUUGAGGGUUGUUAGCAUUAACAGUAGGGCCGGUAGGGUGGGUUUGGCGAGGGGUGAUGAAUGGCGAAAGGAAGAGGGACUUGGGCAGAUGUGGAAGGGGCGGCCAGGGGCGGCGUAG